AGGUCCUCUCCUCUCCUCAGUCCUCACUUCCAAAAAGAGAUUCUUCUUCUUUUACAUCCAGCGAAGGAAAGCGUAUUCCUCGUGACCUCUCUUUCCCUUCACUGUUCUUCCUGGGGUUUAAAUCCCCAGCUACGCGAUCCACCUAGCUCGCCAGAGAUUGAGGAAGGCUUGUUCGCUGGAAAAUGACGUCAGACGGGGCCACUUCGACGUCAGCGGCUCCGAGGAGGAAGCCGUCCUGGCGAGAGCGAGAGAACAAUAGGAGGAGGGAGAGGAGGAGAAGAGCCAUAGCUGCUAAGAUUUUUACUGGGUUAAGGGCUCAAGGGAAUUACAAUUUACCUAAACACUGUGAUAAUAAUGAAGUCUUGAAGGCUCUUUGUACCGAGGCUGGUUGGGUCGUUGAAGAUGAUGGCACCACUUACCGUAAGGGAUGCAAGCCACCCCCAAUUGAUUUUGUAGGCACCUCUGCAAGAAUUACUCCAUACUCUUCACAAAAUCCAAGUCCACUAUCUUCAUCAUUUCCUAGCCCAAUUCCUUCCUACCAAGUUAGUCCCUCUUCCUCUUCAUUCCCUAGCCCAUCUCGAGUUGAGAAUAUUGCUCCUUCUAAUCUCCUUCCCUUCCUUCAAAAUGCCAUUCCCUUGUCUCUCCCUCCUCUCCGAAUCUCCAACAGUGCACCUGUAACUCCACCUCUCUCAUCCCCAACCUCAAAAAAUCCCAAGCCAAUUCCCAACUGGGAGUUUAUUGCCAAACAAUCCAUGGCCUCAUUAAAUUACCCUUUUUAUGCUGCAUCUGCCCCAACAAGCCCAACUCACCGUCAAUUUCAUGCUCCAGCCACCAUACCUGAAUGUGAUGAGUCUGAUACAUCCACUGUUGAGUCUGGUCAAUGGAUAAGCUUUCAAAAAUUUGCACCUUCUGCGGCUGCAAUGCCAACCUCUCCAACCUACAAUCUUGUGAAACCUGUGGCUGAGCAAAUUUUGUCCAGCAAUGUGAUCAAAGAGAAUGGGAGGAGUAUGGAAUUUGAGUUUGGCAGCGGACAGGUGAAGCCAUGGGAAGGAGAGAGGAUUCAUGAGGUAGGAUUGGAUGAUCUGGAGCUCACACUCGGAAAUGGGAAGGCUCGGAGUUAAGGUGAGCUGAUAUAUCCAGUUGAAAUCAUAGUGAGGAAAUGCUGGAAUCAAAGGGAAUAUACGGUGAGCAGGUGUUGGAACAGAAGAAGUAUUCUUACUCUAGGUUGUGGUACAUUGAGCAUUGGUUUGGAAGAAUAUUUGCAAUCCAUUGCUCCAUUGUUUUGAUGGGAAGUGCAUACGUAGCAGGGAAUUAAAUUUUCAUGUUUAAUUUUAUGUUUAUUUAGUUUCAUUCUCUUUUACUCAUUUGACAGUCACAUUUGCCAGAAAAGUUUGGGAUGUUUUCGCAAGCAUUACAUGUAGAUAGUGUGCAAUAUUUCUGGAAUUGAUGAGUUUUUUUUCUACUUCGAUGAGACCUGAUAAAAUGAAAUCAUUUGUUUGUUUACCAUAUCAAUGGAUGUACCUUGUUACAAAGGACCCAA